UGCUUCACUUCACGUUGCAUUCGGCAUCCUGCUGUAUCAAAGCCUUUAUUUUCAUCACGUCUCAACUUUUCACACUUGAUCAUAUUGAUUGACUGAAUUCUAUUGCCUAAUUGGCCUGGUGAAUUGUGUCUCGACUUGGCGCAGCGCUGCGGUAGUUGUUGGCUUGGCGCUAUCUGCAUCAGCAUCCAUCAUGGCCGAUUACGAUCGUCGACACCGCGGUGAUGGUGGUCGCGGAGGCUUCAACCCCAGGAAGCGCAGGUACAAUGAUGACGACGAUUAUGGCCGAAAUCGCGGCGGUGGCCGUCGACGCCACGAUGGCAGCUCCCACGCACCACCAUUCAUCCGGAUACGAAAGCAACUUUUGGGCCUUGCCGAAUCAGCGGCACGUAAGUGGCAUGAGGAUGUCGUCUCUGUUUCGCGGCUGGUUGUAGAGAAUUACGACGACGAAUUUGUGCGCAACGGCUUCCUGGACCUCGUGUGUCAGCUCGUGGUCGAGCAGCCACUCAAAACCCCAUUUGUCGCCGCUGUCAUCCUGGUCACAAACACGCUCAAGUCUGAGCUUGUUGCUGAGUUGCUUGUGAGGGUGGGCAAGGCCUUGGAAACGGCCAUCACAGCGGGCGAGUGGCGCGAUGUCAAGGCGCUGCUCAAGCUGCUGGCAUGCCUUCAGACAUGCCUUGAGGGCGAAGGCAUCUUUCCUGUAUUGGAUGAGCUGUUCAACCGUGCAGUUGACCUGCAGACUGCGAGCUCCGAUGAUACCAUCGGUAUCGAACUGGUCAAGAUCAUCCUCCUGACAAUCCCAUACAUUAUGGCUGCGGCGCCUGGCCAGUGGAUAGACAAGGCCGCUGAACUAAUGGACAAGACUGAUGUUAUCGCCUCCGAAGACCACCCAAUGCAAAAGCUGGUUGACCCAUACUGCCCCGAGGCGGGUGAGAAGGAUGUGGAGGCGUCUCCGAGUCUGCUUAGCUUGCUCCAGAAACAAUUGCAGGCCGAGGCGGGCAGUGGCUGGGGCCUUGAGUGUCUGCCGCGGCCCUGGAAGAUGCCCCUAGAGGAAGUCGAGCAGCAGUCGAAGUUGGACGACUGUCCCAAGCACCCUCUGCCUACGAUAUCAGUCCCCGAGACUAUAAUCGCGGGCAGCCGACCGCUCUUCCCCGAGGUUUCUAUCUCGAUCUACGCUGCACAGGAUGUCGCCUCAGUACCCCCUGACACGACCAUCGCAGCCUCGCUCAUACGCGACGCCAUUCUCGAUACGAUCAAUACCCUACAUUACAACCGCAAUGUGGUGGCACGGUUUUUGAUUGAUAUCGACUGUUAUUUCUCCAAUGGCACUUUCGUCAAACGCGCUACGCCCUUUGAUCGAUUGCGAGACGUGGAGGCGGGCAAAUCGACUUGGAAGCCUGAAGACGUAGUGGUGGACGCUGUAUUCUCUCAGAUUCUGCAACUGCCCAGGCCGGAACACAAGCUCGUCUUCUACCAUUCUGUUCUGACCGAGACAUGCAAGAUCGCUCCAGCUGCCAUUGCGCCGAGUCUUGGUAGGGCAAUCAGGCACAUAUACCGCAACAUUCCGCGCCAUGAUCUGGAGCUGAACCACCGCUUCAUUGAUUGGUUCUCGCACCAUCUGAGCAAUUUCGGAUUCACCUGGAAGUGGGUCGAAUGGGUUGAUGAUGUAGAGUUGCCAGCUCUCCAUCCUCUCAAGGCUUUCAUUGUCGGUGCUCUUGACAAGGAGAUCAGGUUGAGCUUUGCACAACGCAUAAAGAAUACUGUACCCGACGAGUACAAGUCGUUGAUCGGUCCGGAGAAAGAGAUAGACGUUCCCGAAUUCAAGUACAAAAACGAUGAUGUUCCUUUUGCUUCUCAGGGACGUGAGAUAGCAAACCUCCUCAAGAAGAAAGAGCCGGAUGAGGCCAUCCAGCCCUUCAUUGAGGAAAUCCAAAACGGCGCGGUCGACCAAGGCCUUGAUCCUUUGGUCACCAGCACCGAUGUUUUUAUGACAGCAGUUCUUGCCGUGGGGAGCAAGUCCUUGUCGCACGUGCUUGCAUGCAUCGAGCGAGUCAAGGACAGGCUUCUUGAUGCCGGGGCCGCAUCGGUUGCCGCGCGGAUACAAGUGAUUGAGGCCGUCAUGGCAUACUGGUCCGCCCACCAAGGCGUGGCUCUUUCCAUAGUGGAGAAGCUGCUCAACUACGCCAUACUGACGCCGGCUGUCGUUGUCGAAUGGGCCGUCGGUGCAGGAAGAGGUGCAGUUACUGCCAUUGAGGACGACGAGUCACGGCUGGCCCAGGAUCACAUCUACGAGCUAGUUCUCAACACUGUCCGCAAGGUCACUGGACGAGUGAGGCAAGUUGCCCUGACUAAGGCGCAAAAUCUAGAUGGUGAUGUCUCCAUGACAGAGGAUCAGGACGGCCCCGAGGUCAAAGAGAUGCGUGAGUUGUUCCAGCUCAUAGAGAACGCGCUCACCGCAAGGGCAUCUUCACUUGCAAGCAACAAGCUCCUCGCUCGCCUCUGGGUGGAUCGCUGGCAACGGGCAUUCAAGAGAUGCGCGGCCAUUGAGGAGAAUUUCCUGAUCGAGGUGGAGAAGAAUCGGAAGAAGCAGGCGGCCAUUGCUGCUGCUGCACCUGCCAUCGAGGCCAAGUCCGAGGUCAAGGAAGAUGAUAUUGAGUAACCGGCAUGUGUAGCGAGCCGUGGCUUUACUCCAUUGUUUGUUUGUUUUGGGUACACGGGGAGUCGCCGAAUGCCACCCCGUAGACUCACAGGAACAUCUACGCCGCUGUCUUUGUUGAUAUCUAGGCAAGCCUGGCAAUUUUUUUUGGUUCUUUUACCUGUUGUAUCUUUAGUUACAAUUUGAUAUUUUCGGACUUGGACAGGGGUGCCUUACAUGGCAUCAGGAAUUGACCUAUGGGGUCGACAGCUUAGUCGAACCUUACUAAAAUGGGAUUCGGGCAGGGAAUUUUCCUUGCAUGAGACAAGAAGUCUGGCUGGAAGGCAGCCAGCCAUAUCGGUAUUAUUCUUUCCAACUAAGGCCUUUUCUUUUUUUUUUUUCUUUACUAUGUAUGGAAGGGCUCCCUUUCACUGUUACAUCUGAGGCGCCGCUCAAAGUGUUCAUAAAGCGAUCUACGUAGCGGGUCAGCCCAUUAGAGGCGGAACCAACCAUCACACUGGCCGCAGGAGGGGAAAAAAAGAGAGAAAGAAAUAUGAUGAAUACAUUUCUUACUUUCUUUCUUGGCGACUAUCAAUAGAGUGUCCUCCA